AUGCAGUCGAGUAAUCCUAAUGUGCUUAUAGAGUCACUAAAUCCAAGCCUCUCUACCGCCACUUUCUCAUCUUCGCCCCUCCGAUACAACUCGCCGAGCUAUCAACAAUCGCAAUGCGCUCGGCGACACAACAGCAAUGCUGCCACUUCAUCGAAAGAAAAUGCCCCAAAAUCAAGCCAAAGGACAGCAGCAUCGACGCAAAUACCCCCAACAUCACCUCCCUCAUCAAUAUCCGAACAUGUCCGCCUCCUCAUGCGUCGCGUGCCCUACCCUGUCGCCAUCAUCACAGCCACCGACCCCACCGGUCCAGCAGAUACAUCCUCAUUUCGCGGCAUGACCGUUUCCUCCUUUAGCGCAGUAACCCUUUCGCCAGAUCCCGUGAUUUCAUUCAAUGUGCGGCGACCAUCAGAGACCUUGAAUGCGUUACUAGCCUCAGGGCGCUUUCUGGUUCACUUACUCGCACCCGGACCCGACACCGCCACGCUCGCUAGAGACUUUUCUAAAGGAAACACCACUCUAUCCUCGAUUCUGAACGGACAUGGAGACUUUGAAUUCAGGGCACUGGACGUUGAGUCGAAGACGCAAGCUAGCGAGGCCGAGAGACCACUUCCCAUCUUAAGACGGAAAAUCAAGGACUCGAAAGAAUUGCAGACCGUGGACUUCCCCUUCGUCUUCGAGUGCACUCUCCAUCCGAACAAGAUUGAUGUGCAUGAUCACUCUAUUGUGCUUGGCACGGUUGUACGCGCAAUCGAGGUGAAUGCCGAGGGUCUGGAACUCGAUUGCUCCGGUGUAGAUGAAAAUUCAUCGGCACACUUAUGUUUGACCUAUGCCAAUACUCGCUUCUGGAAGAUGGGAAGUGAGAUAUAA